AUGUCCAGCGACAUCCUCACGCAAUUGCAAACAUGCUAUGACCAACUUCUCACCCAAUUCUUCUCGACAAUAAGUUAUCUUUCGCAACGACACCCAUUGAUCGCACCUGAACCAGACCCAGACGAUCCUUAUACACACCCUCCAGCCGCGCCCACACAGACCCCAAACCCAGACGGAUCUAUACCCACUACAGCUGGCACCGUGCCAGGCCCUGAAGACUCUGACCGCGCCCCAUAUCCGUUACGGCCAGCGGCGCCGCAAGUAUUUGCCAAUGCACAGCGCGAACUUGCGGAGGAUCUUGUCCAGAAGGCACAACAGAUUGAGUUCCUGAUCUCGAAGUUACCCGGAAUUGACAGGGGUGAGGAGCAGCAAGCCGAGGAGAUCAAAGUCCUGGUACAGAAGGUGCGAGACAUGGAAGAGCGGCGGAAAGCAAAACGAAAGGAGAUGAGAGAGUGCGUGAAGCGUCUGGAUCAGGUCAUCCUGGGUAUGGCAGAGAGUAUUGAGUAUAGUGCUACCAACGGACAUGGGCAGAGCAAUGGAACAUGA